UUGUAAUCGAUAGCCGAGCAGAUGCGACGCGACCUGAGAAGCUUCUCGAACUUUCUACUGUCGUCUAUUGGUUGCAUAGCAGUCAAGUGAGCUGGCCUGGCAGUUGGUCAGUGAGACUCCACGAAUGGACUGUGCCAGACACCGACCGCAGCUAGCUGUUAAUAAAGCCACACCAUUGGGGACGCCAGCGGGGCCUAACGUUAGCGGCUAAAGUUACAUCGGGUAACGCGUGCUAGCUAAUGUUGGCAGCUAAGGCUACACAGAGUGCUCAAAUGGCAGCUUUCGCUAGCAGCCAAAGCUAAACUAAGCCAAGGCGGGGAAAAGGACGAGCGGCUAGCCAUGUUCGGCUGCUUGGUGGCCGGCCGACUGGUGCAGACCGACGCUGUCCAGGUGGCCCCGGACAAAUUCGUCUUCAACCUGCCAGACUACAAGAGCGUAAACCACGUGGUGGUGUUCAUGCUGGGCACCGAGCCGUUCCCGGCGUGCAUGGGCGGCGCGGUAUACUUCUCCUUCCCGGACGCAGGAAGCGGCGAGCCGGUAUGGCAGCUGCUCGGCUUUAUCGCCAACGAUAAGCCCAGCGCCAUCUUCAAGAUCUCGGGCCUGACGGAGGGCCGGGGCGGGGUACACCCCUUUGGCGGAAUGUCCUCAGCCGCUCCCUCCGUGGCGCAGGUCGGCGUGUCGGUGGAGCCGCUGGAGCAGCUGGCGCAGCAGACGCCGGUGUGCGGGGUGGCGGUGUCCACCGCGGACGCGCUGCGGCACUUCACGCAGAAGAUGCUGGAUAGUUUGUACAACUUCGCGUCGUCGUUCGCCGUGACGCAGGCGCAGAUGACGCCCAACCUCAGCGAGACCUUCGUGCCGUCCAGCUGCAUCCUUAAAUGGUACGACAACUUCCAGAGGCGCAUGAACCAGAACCCCAAUUUUUGGAAGAACUGAACUCACGGACUGUUUGCUUUCGUUCGUUUCCCCCGAAGGACAACUUGAAGGAAUCACGAGCGACAUAUCCUGUUUAUGUUGAUUUUUUUAACUACAAAUGCGUCAACUUAGUAUCGUGUCAAAAGAAUAAGCUAUCUUAAUUAAGCUUGCAUUCAAUCCAUGUGAGAAAAGUCUGAGUUUUGAAAGUUUAAAUACUGUAUGUUGGGGGAGCCGAGCACAGUGCAAGAGGCUCAUUUGCAAUUGCUUUGUUUCUUGGCAAAUCUUGCUUGGUUUCAGUAAAUCGCAAUCUUUUGAUGUCUUUCCCUUGUACAUUUGUGUCAAGUACUUCUUGGCAAUUUUUUUUAAAUUCCCUGGCGGCAGUCUGAACCCACUUAUUGAUUGAUGCCUUUAUUUUGAACAUAUUUAAAACAUAAAAAUAACUUAAAUAAAACAAAUAACACUUUAAUGUGCCAUAUGUAAGGCCGUACAACAAACAAUAAACCAACAAACUGAAAAAAAUCAAUAACAAAGAAUGCUUGAAAAGGAGGAAGCAUAGCAUUUUAGAUUCCUACCCCUUUCUCACUUUAUCCAUUAAAAUGAUUCAACAUAUAAAUCAACAAGUAGACGCUUACAAACUUGUUUUUCGGUUUCAUUUUUGCUUUUAUGUAGCCAUUUGGCAUUUUUAGGCCUUAUACCCGCUAAACAACAUUUUUUUCCCUUUUUUUGGGCUUAACCAAAGUACUUAAGGACUGUUCCAUAGUUUGACCCCAGUAAUAGUUAUACAGAUAUUUAGUACGGUUGUUCUUAUGUUAAAGAUUUUUAAGUUGUGAUUGCCCCUUAACAUAUACAAGGUCUUACCCAACAGGAGUGAGAAGAGAACAGAACCCCCGCCCCAUAGAUAUAAAUGCAACCGGAAAUGCUUCUUCACAUGAAAGCGUAAAAGGAGAAAAGGUGUUUAUUGGGGGGAAAUAAAAGUCUUGCAAUCGAUUCUGCAACUCACAAAGA